AUGGCAGCCGCCGGCUGCUGCCCGAGUGAUGGGAACCAAGACGUCGCCCAUUGUCCCGAACGUGCGGAGUGCCACGGCCACGGCCACGGCCCCGAGCACGACGCCUGCCACCACUCUCCUCAAACUCCCUGCGCCGACGAGUGCGAGUGCUGCGACGACGAAAGCUGCUGCGACGAUGCCUUGCCCAACUGCUCCCCGACGCUCACCUGCUGCGACUCCGAGGAGGAGCGCUGUGACGAGCAGUGCAUCCUCGCCGCUGCCGCCUUCGAGUGCGAGAAGACUUGCGAAAAUGACGUAGCAGGCCAUGCUGGCACAACCAACCACGAACACGCCCACGACGAGUACGGCAAUCAUCCUGCCUCUGCCUGCAGCACCCAUCUGGCCAAGGCGUUUGAGCAGUAUAGCGCCUAUCUGCAGUCGGCGCGCUGCAUUUGCCGUGGCAUCCUCGAGCGAGGUUGGGCUACUACCUGUUGCGCUGAACAGCACGGCAGGUCCCAUCAUCACCAUGGCACGAAGCGUCGCGGCAGGGAGGCGCACCACGAGCACGUCGGAACCACCGUCGUAUUCAACCAGGAAGGCGGUUGCUCCGACGGCCAAGACGCGGGUCAGGGUCACUCGUCGGAGAAGACGGCUGCCGUCGUCAAGGUCGGAAGUGACGACGUGGAAAAGGCCGCGGGGUUUGAGCAUGUCUCUCUUGCCGUCGAUGGCAUGACCUGCUCUGGAUGCGGCAACAAGAUGGCGCGCACCCUGAAGGCCAUCAACGGCGUCUCUUCAGCGCGAGUCAACUUCGUUAUGGGGUGUGCCGAGUUCUGCCACGACACGUCCGUCGCUUCCUCCGACCAAGUAAUACGCGCGGCUGAACGAGCGACGGGCUUCCGCUGUAUCAAGCUCUCAAGCGACGACCAGACCAUCGACCUGCUGGCCGGCGGCCAUUCGGCGAGGACGCUUGCCGACGCCGCGAUACCGGGAGUCACCCAGGCCGCCAUCCUCAGCAAAAAUGUCGUCCGCGUGUCCUACGAUCCUACCGUCGUGGGGGCCAGAACCUUGAUGCAGAGGAUCGGGACCUUGUCCGGAGGACUGGCACCCCCGUGCAGUGAUCCCAGCGUGUCCAGCGGCAGGAAGAGGCUCUUUUACCAGCUCAUCAAGACAACCGCCGCCGCUUGCUUCACCAUCCCCGUGGCGCUCAUCGCGGUGCCAGACUUUUACCUGCCGGCAAUUUCAGUCCUUGUUCGCAGUGGUGCGCUGGAGAUGGACAUGCUGGUGGUCAUCAGCAUCACGGCUGCGUACACCUACUCCGUCGUCGCCUUCGGCUUCUUAAUAGCCGGUAGACCCCUCGAAACCAAGGCCUUUUUCGAGACGAGCACUCUCCUCAUCACCCUUGUUCUCCUCGGCCGUCUUGUCGCGGCCUAUGCGCGCAUCAGGGCUGUUGCUGCCGUCUCGCUUCGGUCCCUGCAGUCGACCACAGCGGUCAUCGUUGAGGACGGCAAAGAUGUGGAGAUGGACGCGCGACUCUUGCAAUACGGAGACACGCUCAAGAUUGGUUCCCACACCGUCGUUCCCACCGAUGCGACCGUCCUGAGCGGGUCGAGCGAGGUUGACGAAUCAAUGAUGACGGGCGAGAGCAUACCCAUCUUCAAAAAGGAGGGCGACGGCGUCAUCGCGGGCACCAUAAACGGCUCGGGCGCAUUGACUGCACUGCUAACACGCCUCCCGGGCAGAAACACCGUCACCGACAUUGCCCGGCUGGUGGAGGAGGCUGCCAAGUCCAAGCCCCGGCUUCAGGAUAUUGCCGACCGCGUCGCCGGUUGGUUCGUGCCCUUUGUCACCUCGGUUGCCUUGAUCGUCGUCGUUGUCUGGAUCGUCGUCGGCCUCAAGGUGCGCAACUACGGGGUCGGAAAAGCCAUAUCCACCGCCAUCACGUAUGCUGUCGCCACUCUUGCCGUCUCUUGCCCCUGCGCGCUCGGGCUCGCCGUCCCCAUGGUCCUAGUCGUGGCCGGCGGCAUCGCGGCUCGCAACGGCGUCAUCAUCAAGUCGGCCCAAUGCACCGAGCGGGCUCGCAAGGUGACGGAUGUGGUGUUUGACAAGACGGGAACCAUCACCGAAGCUGUCCUCGACGUCACGGACGAGCAGCUCCUGAAUCCUGACCGGGACGAAGCCAUUGCCGUCUCCAAGGCACUCGUCGCCGGCAAUCGACACCCCGUGUCGCUUGCGAUCGCCAAGCAUCUCAAGCAGCGCCCUGUCCCCGAAGCGAAACUGGCCAACAUCCACGUCGUUUCCGGGGCAGGUGUCGAAGCCGCCUUGGAGGGCAAAAUGGUACGUGCCGGAAGCCCCGAGUGGACCCAAACCUCGGGCCAUCCAGCCGUCGCCCGACUUCAGGAGCGCGGCAUGACGAUGCUCGUUGUGGCCCGCGAUGCCGAGCCCAUGGCCGUGUUUGGCCUGCGCACUCGCCUCCGUGUCGAGGCGGCCGGCGUCGUCGCCCAGCUCGGCCGUGGCGGCAUCGACGUCCACCUCGUGUCGGGCGACCAAAGGCGCGCUGUCGAGGCCGUGGCGGCGCAGGUGGGCAUAUCAUACGCCGUCUCGCACUGCAAGCCUGCCGAGAAGCGCGACUACGUGGCGAGGCUCAUGGAACGGGGCAAAACCGUCAUGUUUGUUGGCGACGGGACCAAUGACGCCGUGGCCGUGACGCAGGCCAACGUGGGGGUUCAGCUCGCCAGCGUCCAAUCUGCCAGCGACGUUACACGGGGCGCCGCUGAUGUGGUUCUCCUGAAUGGCCUUGAUGGGAUCCCCUUUCUGCUGCGCAUCAGCGCCGUCAGCUUCCGCCGCAUCGUCUUCAACUUCGUCUGGUCCGCCACGUACAACCUGCUCGCCGUCCUCCUCGCCUCGGGCGCCUUUGUCAACGUGCGCAUCCCCCCGGCCUACGCCGGCCUCGGCGAGAUUGUCAGCGUCCUGCCCGUCAUCUUCGCAGCUAUGACGAUGCUGCUGAAGAAGAGCAAGACAAAUAACACAUGGGCUGGGUGA